AUGUCACAUGAGAACAAGGCAGCACUUUAUGAGCAACACCGAAGGACUUUAACACAGAGGGCCAUCAGAUCGCCGGGCAGUGCCCCCAUGAACUCAGCUCUCUGGUCAGAGCCGCCCGAGGCAGGAAAGGUGACUGCUCGAGCCGCCCCGGCCGGCGAGGCGCGAAUCCCGGCGCCGCAGCUCAGCCUGCCGGAGCCCGCCGGGCUGCUUGAGGCAGCGGCACCGCUCGCCUCCUUCCCGUGGCCGGGGCCGAAUGAAGGCACCGCAUCAGAGCCCAGCCCGGGCCCAAAGACCCCAGCCGCGCCCGGGGGCCCCGGCGGGGCCUGCGCGGAGCCGCCUGAGCUGUCCGGCGCCCAUUCGCCGGCGGCGGGGCGGGGCGGCUGCGCGGGGAGGAGCCGGGGCCGGGCCUCGCUCGGCUUCCCCGGGAUGAAGCGGCCGCCUCAGCCCCGCGGCGGCCCUUUAAAUAGCCGCUCCGCGCCUAGCGGUGCGUCGUCUUGA